CGGGUCGUGUUCUUUAUUCGGGUCAAAAUUAUGGAUCGGGCGUUUGUCUUCUUAUUGUCUCUCUGCCUAUUGUUGCAAACGUCUCUCUCGAUCGAGAAUUUUCACCAGGCGUUUCCUAUAGUGGAGCCUGAUCCGAAUCAUACAAAGCUUCGGCUUAGUAGAGAAGGUUUGGAAGCGAUUAGUAGAAUCACUACUCCUAUUGCUGCUGUUGCGGUAAUUGGUCCAUACCGUUCUGGAAAAUCUUUUCUACUCAAUCAGCUUCUUUCCCUUUCUUGUUAUGAAGGUUUUGGUGUUGGACACAUGCGUGAUACCAAAACAAAAGGUAUCUGGGUGUGGGGAACACCACUAGAGCUAGAGAUUGACGGAGUUAAAACUUCCAUUAUUUACCUCGACACUGAAGGAUUUGAAAGUGUUGGAAAGUCUAAUGUUUAUGACGACCGAAUAUUUGCUCUGGCAACAGUUAUGAGCUCUGUGCUUAUCUAUAAUCUGCCUGAAACCAUCCGCGAAGCUGAUAUUUCUCGGCUCUCCUUUGCUGUUGAGUUAGCAGAAGAAUUUUAUGGAAGAGUAAAGGGACAAGACGUAGCUUUUGAACCGUCAAAGCUUCUGUGGCUUAUCCAGCGUGAUUUUCUGCAAGGUAAAUCGGUGAAAGAAAUGGUGGAUGAAGCUCUCAAACACGUCCCUAAUGAAGAUGGUAACAAAAAUAUUGAUCAGGUUAACCGGAUCCGGGAUUCCUUGGCUAUUAUGGGUGACAACAGCACUGCCUUUAGCUUGCCACAGCCCCAUCUCAUGCGGACGAAGCUGUGUGAUCUGAGGGAUGAGGAACUGGACCCUACCUAUGUUGCAAGGCGUGACCAAUUGAAAAAGCUCGUUGCUAGUAUCCUCCGCCCAAAGAUAGUGCAGGGGAAAGCACUAAACGGAAAGGAGUUUAUAUCUUUCCUGGAACAGAUACUGGAUGCGCUAAAUAAAGGAGAGAUUCCAUCUACAGGAUCACUAGUUGAGAUAUUCAAUAAAGAUAUAGUUGAGAGAUGUGUGAAGCUGUACAAUGAGAGGAUGGUGAAACUGCGGCUACCUAUGUCUGAAGAGUAUCUCCAAAGUGAACAUGAAACAGCACAUAACGAAGCUAUUAAAUCAUUUGACGCUCAGCAUUUUGGAAGACAGCAUGCAAAGAAAUCUGUGGAUCAGUUGGAUGAUCAAAUGCAAGAGGUAUAUAAGAACUUUGUUCUUGCAAAUGAGUACCAAUCGUCAAAGCUCUGCGAAGCGCUAUACACAAAGUGUGAAGACGACAUGGACCGCUUACAAGCUCUCCGGCUCCCUUCCAUGGCGAAAUUCAACGCAGGGUUCGUGUACUGCAACCAGAGUUUUGAACAACAAUGUGUCGGUCCAUCGAAACAAAACUAUGAGCAGAGGUUAACCAAGAUGAUGGGGAAGGCACGGUCAUUGUUCAUCAAAGAAUACAAUAACAGGCUGUUCAACUGGCUGGUUGCCUUCUCUCUGGUAAUGGUAGUGGUGGGACGGUUCAUUAUAAAAUUCAUUUUGUUGGAAAUGGCGGCAUGGAUACUCUUCAUAUUCUUGGAGACGUACACAAGGAUGUUCUGGACAGCUGAAUCUCUUUUCUACAACCCGGUCUGGCAUUUCAUCGUCGGGACUUGGGAGACUCUUGUGUAUAGUCCCGUUCUCGACUUGGACAGAUGGGCGAUUCCUAUAGUCUGUAUAAUUGCAUUGUGUGUGUUAUAUUGGCGGUGUUAUGGAAAGAGGAAACACGGUUCUAGUUGGCUUCUUCCGAUGUACAACAAGAAUGGUCGGAGCAGGGAACGGUCAGAGUAAAAACACAUUGCUCCUCCUUCCUUCCCCUUAUAACUUAUACAUAGCAUCUUCUCGGGCAUGCUCGUUGCUUUUGUCAUCCGAAGCUCUCUGCCCGUUACAACCAAUUUUUGGGACGCAGAAGAAGAAUUUCAGUUAAGAAGUGAAGAAAGAAUAGAGAUAUGAUGAUUUGAUUGAUCCAUGUUGGUUUUGCUUUGAUGCCUAUAUACACUGCACUCUGUACCAUUUACAUACAGUUACAUUCAUCAUGUUUUAACUUUUAUAUAUAGAGUUCUAGGAUGCGUAAGAGAUUA